AUGGAUUUCAAUGGAAAUAUCGUGAGUACUGAGUCAACUGCCAAAGAAAAAAGACACGAAGAAAAGACUGUGGUAGCCAAAGAAAAAAGAGACGAAGAAAAGAUUGUGUCUGUUACUGACAUAAAUGAAGAUCUCAGUAUAGAAGUUUCCAAAAUUUCUUUACAUGAAACUGCAGUUCAUCCUUUGAAGAAAAGAUUAAUUGUUCUUGAUAUAAAUGGAUUGUUAGCAGCUAUAGUUUCUCCUCCACCAAAGGAUCGCAAACCUGAUAUAAGCAUUGGAAGGAGGGCAAUAUACAAGAGACCAUCUUAUCUUGAUUUUCUGGAAUUUUGCUUAGAAAAAUUUGAAGUUGGGAUAUGGUCAUCAAGACUGAAGAAAAAUGUUGAUCGAGUCAUCGACUAUUUGAUGCCAUCUUUGAAAAACAAAUUUCUUUUCUGCUGGGAUGUUUCUUAUUGCACUGAAACACACUUCAAGACUCUUGAGAAUAAAUAUAAAAAUGUUGUUUUUAAGGAUUUGAGGAAACUCUGGGAUAAGUAUGAUCCUAAUCUCCCAUGGAAGAAAGGGUAUUACAAUGAAUCCAAUACUCUGUUGUUGGAUGAUUCUCCUUACAAGGCAUUGCUGAAUCCACCAAACACUUCGAUUUUUCCUCAGACAUUCUGUUAUCAUGAUGAAAACGACAGCUCCUUAGCUGAAGGAGGAGAUCUCAGAGUAUUUCUAGAAGGCUUGACAAAAGCUGAAGAUAUGAGAAACUAUAUUAAGGAACACCCAUUUGGCCAAGAAGCUAUAAGUGAAAGAAGUGAUUCUUGGAACUUCUAUAAUCAGGUCAUUGAGAGUCUAUCUGCAGAGAAAACAAUGUUUGAUUUGAAGAGUAAAUGA